GGUCCUCUCUCCUUCCCCAGCUUAUAUUCAUUUCCCCCAAUUCCUCAAUUUCCAUAUCACACCCCGCCACCACCGAGCUCCCUCCGAUCCCUUCUUUCCCGACGGUUCUGUUUCCUUUUCCGUCACCAACCACCGUUUCGACUUCGCGGUCUCCUUCUUCUCCGUUCGACUCAGUCUUAGCUAGGGUUUCGAAGCGCCGCAAAAGAAAUGGAUUGGGGCAACGUCACGGCGGAGGAUGUGAUCGACGCCCUCCGCGAGGUCGACUGGUCGUCUCCGCCGCGCCCUCUCUCUGAAUUCUUCUCCAGGUUCACCAUCCCCAGAUCCUCCUCCAAAUGGAAUAGCCGCCUCAAAUGCAAUCUUUACUACUACAGGACCAACUACUUCCUUUUGAUCGUGCUAGUUCUUGGCUUGGCUUUUCUCCGGAGUCCACUCGCUCUUAUUGCGGCUGUUCUUACUGCGCUCAGCAUUGCGUUUCUCAAUGACAGCUUUGCAGGUACCUUUAGUGAGAAAGUUUCAAGAACCGUGAGACAAUUCUCUCCACAUUUAGCUGCAAAAAUGAGACCUCCCCUUACGCCUGUAAUUCGUGGACGUCCAUCAGCUAAAAGAGCAAUAUUCAUAUGUGGUCGGCCUCGAUGGGUGUUUGUCAUGAUAUUCUCUUCUGUGAGUUUCAUUCUAUGGUUUGUCUCCUGUGGUCUCUUAACUGUGUUGUGGGCACUUGCUUUUGGACUUCUUGCCACUUUGUUGCACGCAAGCUUCAGAACACCAAACUUGAAAGCACGCCUGAACACUUACCGUGAGGAAUUUCGUGCAGUUUGGCGCAACUAUAGUGAGCUGUAGCCUUCCUAAGACCCUUUUAUUGUUUCUAUUUAGACAUUGUCCUGUUGAUUGUGAAUCUCAUACAAGAUAUGUGAUUCUAAACUUGAGCUUCGCUGUGGCUGCCUUCAAAUAACAUUGGUUAAACUGGAGUUCUCGGGACUCGGGUAAAAGCUGCCUCUUACCUUUGCAAAUCACCAGCAGGAUGUAAAUUGUGAUGAACUUUGUUAAUGUAAAGAAAAUUGCUUCAUUUCGCUAUCCGUUUGUGUAAGAAACAUUGAAGAGGGCCUUACUUUGUGCAGUAGUUGCUAACAUUCAUAGAACAUAUGAGCGUGCGUUCUUCGUGCCCUCUCUACUCGUCAUAAAAUCUGUUGCUUUUAAUAGAAUGCAAUGAUUUAGUUUAGUUGCA